CUUGCAGCGUAAUUACAUUUUGCGUCUCAGGUGACCUCUACUGGGGAUUUCACUUUUACAAUAUUGUUGUGGGCCGAUGGUUUGGUGGCCACGGUAAACGAUUGAGCCGUGGCGGCAAGUCAAUAGAGUCCAAAAUGACGGGGCCCGACGUCACGGCUUCCUCUCCGCACGACGUAUGUACGUAGCCGUGCACGAAUGACGCAAUUGGCUUUUUCAAUGUCUUAUCUACAGUGAAUUGAAGUAUGUUGUCAUUGUCAUUCGCCGAGCGAUCGCCGCGCUGCGCACGCGUCGCGCUGUGAGCGGUUUAUUUUUGUUUCACUUCUCUUUUUUACCGUCGUCGAGGACAAAGUGACGGAUUACUCGCUCGUAUUGUGCCAGUGUUUUGAACUUUGCUGUGACAUUGAGCAGUGUUUAAUCAGCCCUGUGAUCAUGCUGGUUUCGGGACUGUUCGUCUUGACUCCUGAUAUAUCUUUCAGGAUGACGCCGCAGGAGGAGCGAGACGCCCGCGGCGCGGGGCUGGCCGGCUGCGCGCUGGCCGACGCGCUGGAGGACGACAUGUUUGGCCCGCCGCGCACUGAACCCGCCGCUCGCCCCAAGCUCUCCAUGAUCUCCGCCCGGCUGCGCGCUAAUGAGGAGCGUAAGCGCGUCAUCGAGAUCUGCUCUCAAAAACUAGAGAAUAUCGAGGACCCCGCGCGUGACCUGCGCCGGUCCGUGUGCAUAAACAACACCUACUGCAGGCUGAGCGAGGAAGCUCGCCGCGAGAAGGAAGCGCGCAGACGCCGCGCGCGGGAGGAAUGUGACGACUCCUGGGUCGGCAAGAAGGCGCGAAGGGCCGUCGAGGACGAGUGCUUAGCCCUGCUCGACGCCAUCCCAGAGCUCGGCGACGCAAACCUCGGCUGCGCGCAGCUGGCGCGCCAGCUCCCCCGCCAGGACGCGCUGCUGCCCCCCAGCCUGCUGACGGUGCUCGACUCGUGACCGCGCAGGCCGGCGCACCUCACCCCGCUGUGAAGCGAGCGCGAGUGAGCGCUCGUGUGACCCCGAAUGCGCCCGAGUCGCUGACCGCGUUACCGGACACUGUUCGGAAACAAAUGUGUCAGAAGAGCCUGCGCGGCCCGGUAUGCGCGGCGGCUCGAGGCGGGACAGUGUGUUAUCAUGGACGUUACCCCGGACUGACGUUUAGCCAAUUCUUUGUUAUUAAGGAGUACUUACUUUGUUAGCGUGUUUUUUACUAUUUAGUGAAAGUUGCUCAGGCGCUACCGACGGGCGCGGUCCAAUUAGUGUUCAACGAUUUAUUUUAUAUUAUCGCACAGUUGAAGUGUUUGGUUGGCUAUGACGUCGCGUCGUGUCGUGGGACUCGGCGAGUUAAUGAUUCACAUUGGAGAAUAGUUCUAAGCGAUUAUAAUGUUACAUUAUUGUACUAUACAUAAUUUAAAGAUAGUGAUUAAGAGAUAGUGCAAAAUGACUGGGAACGGCUGUGCCGAUGCGCUAACGUAUUAUUUUUAUUUGAAUAAGUUUAGUACGGGAAGUUCGGUGCGAACUAACCGAAACACAGACAGUUUCUAAACAUCCGAUCACUUGGAAAGUAAAAGUGCAUUGCGCUGCACAUAGCGUUUACAACGCGAGGCGCUCUACCGCGAGUUACGUUAGGCGCGAAGAAAAAACACCUUCAAUGGUCUUAUAGUCGAUCUACGCGAUAUCUGUGAACUAGUCGACAACACUCGACGGCCGCGCCGCGGUAUGCGCGGCACGAUUUUGUCACGUACCACUUUCCUAGCUGUACUCUUCCUAGUGACGGAAAAAUUGAGUUGAGUUGUUCUGUCUAUUAUAUUUUAAAGCUGUUACCGUCUUAUAAUGAUUAUAUUUUGUUACCAAUGUGUUUGCUGUUUGUUGCAAAAUGUUACUCAAUAUUAAUUUAUUGUAUUAUGCGUAGAAAAGACUAAAA